GCCGCGCACGCGCACGGGUUGGCGGCGCGCGCCGAGCGGGGGGCGCCGCGCGGUGCAGCCACGAUGGAAGGGGGUGCGUACGGAGCGGGCAAAGCCGGGGGCGCCUUCGACCCUUACACCCUGGUGCGGCAGCCACACACGAUCCUGCGUGUCGUGUCUUGGGUUUUCUCCAUUGUGGUCUUUGGCUCCAUCGUGAAUGAGGGCUACCUCAACAGCUCAGAGGAGGAGGAGGAGUUCUGUAUCUACAACCGGAACCCCAAUGCCUGCAGCUACGGCGUGACCGUGGGCGUGCUGGCGUUCCUCACCUGCCUGCUCUACCUGGCUCUGGACGUGUACUUCCCACAGAUCAGCAGUGUCAAGGAUCGCAAGAAGGCUGUGCUGUCCGACAUCGGUGUCUCGGCCUUCUGGGCCUUCUUCUGGUUCGUGGGUUUCUGCUUCCUGGCCAACCAGUGGCAAGUCUCCAAGGUCCAGGACAACCCUCUGAAUGAAGGGACGGAUGCCGCCCGGGCCGCCAUCGCCUUCUCUUUCUUCUCCAUUUUCACUUGGGCGGGCCAGGCUGUGCUGGCCUUCCAGCGGUACCAGAUUGGCGCCGACUCGGCCCUCUUCUCCCAGGACUACAUGGAUCCCAGCCAGGACUCCAGCAUGCCUUAUGCACCCUACGUGGAGCCCAGCGCUGGGCCGGACCCUGCUGGCAUGGGUGGCACCUACCAGCAUCCAGCCAACGCCUUUGAUGCUGAGCCCCAGGGUUACCAGUCACAGGGCUACUGAGCCCCCAUGAUGGUGGUAACAGUGACCGCCUACCCUGCCCCUGCCCUUUCAUCCUAGCUCCCCUUUCAGACACCCUGCUCCCUCCCAGGUGACCCUGCCUAGCACCUGCUCAGCCUCCAGGUGACUCCACUGAGGCCCAGUGCAGCUGGGGUGGGUCGGUGGGGGGGAGCUAGGUGGGGUGUAUCUACAUGUGUGUGCAAGUGUGUGCCCAGCAGGCGUCUAGAGGGUGGGGCCCAGGGGUUACAGUCAUUCAUUGUGUCCUUGAGCAUUUGCUGAGCACCUACUGUAUGCCAGGCCUUGCUCGGCUUGGGAGUGAGGGAUGGGGGACAGUGGGCUGAGGAGGCCCUGCUCCGGGUGCAGGAAAGGCAGGACAGACAGAUAUGGGCAAGUUUGGCUGCAGGGGCUCAGUCACAAGGUGAGUGUGGUCAAUCACAGGAUGGGGACCAUCAUCCCCAGAGUCCUUGGUAUGGAACAGUCGGUCCUCCUGGAAUUGCCAGGGACAUCUGUAUUUUAUAGUUGAGGGAACCGAGGUCUGAGAGGUCAGAGUACUCUGUCCAAGGCCAUUCAAGGAGCUCAAGGUAGGCUAGGUACGGAGCUCCUGCCAGCCUUUCUAUUCCUGCACCUAGGCCUUGCCUCUCAGUGUUACUCUAAUUCGGGGGUGGGGGGGCGCUUCAGGACCUGAGUCCAGCAAGACACACGAUCUGCUGCAAACCAAGGGCCUCUUCUGCCUCAGUUACUUUCCCCCAUUCAGGUUCUCUCCUUAGUCCUGGCCUUCUAGAGGGCUCCCCAGACCUCCCCCUGUCCCCUUGUGUUGCUCCAUGCUCAACAUGCCCCACAGGGAACUUCUUUGGGGGGUGUUCCAGCAACCUCCUUUGCAGUCUCCCAAUGGAGUGGUGGCCAUCCCUGCCUCUUGGGCUUGCUGGGUAGACACAUGACUGGGUAGACAGAAGGCUAGGGGGAGUGGAGACCAGGCCCAAGGUCCCUGUGCUGGUCUUGCUGCCCGAGUUCAUUGACUCCACCCAUCCAGCAGGUGACUCCACCCUUGUCACCACCUGGGACACUUCUCUCUGCUUGUCUGGGUCAGCCAGGGUUCAGGACUGGAGCUUUCAAUGACGGGUUCAGUUUGAGUGCCAUAGCUAAGGUCCCACUGCCCCAGACGACUCGGAAGUGAGACACGAGAGAAUGGACUCAGGGAGAUCUCAGGCCACAGGAAAGAAAAUAGCAGGUUAUCUCAGAGACUAGAGAUGGAAGAGUGGGUGGGACCUAUAGAGACAGCAAGGCCACAUUCUCACACCAGGUGCUUCCCUCUGUGUGACAGAGGGAGUCCAAAGGGAGGGUGUCUAUGCCAUCGUCCUGUGUACCUAGUAUACACCAGCUGGUUCUUUGUGAAGCAGGGCAAUGGGCUGCGGGUCAGUUUCAGCAAGGGUGUCCUCAGCAUCUCACCCCGUGCCCUACAGGCAUGUUCUCUCUUCUGGUACCUAUGUUGGUGAGGUGUCACCGAGGAUGUCUGUGACGCCUGCCUGCUAAUAGUCUGUGAACUCCUACAUAGAGGUACAGGGCCAUUACCGUAGGAGACCUGGCAUGAGUGCAGGCCUCAGGAAGACAGCCAGGGAGGGGCCACGUGCUUCAGAGGCACAGAAGGAGCACCACUGCCCCCUUCUGAGCAGAAGGGGAAAUUGAGUCUCUGUGAGUAUAGAGAGUUAGCGUUGGAGAUUGGAUCCUAACUGGGGUCUCCAGGUUCCAUAGGGGGCUCCAGUGUUGGGAGAGGACCCCAGGCAGCUGAGUGACAGCUGGCGGUUGCUAACUUCCACACCUGGGAAGGGGCUCUGUGUACAGCCCCAUGCCCCACCCAGGUGGGUCAAGCAGGGACAGCUUGGGUGACUUAACUGGUUUCAGACCAGAGGGGAGACAAUGGCCACAGAAUGUUUCUGUGCCACCAAGAGGCUAUGAGAAGUCCUGGCCUUUGCAACUCCUGCUGGUGAACGCUAGAGAUCUGAGGAUGGCCCAUCGAUGCCUCCCUAGGAAGCAACAGGCCGCUGGUGAUGUCAAGCAGAGGGCAGAGUGCUGGUUAAACUCUGCCCAGCCUGGGGUGUCUAUCAUCGACCUUAGACCUCAGACUGCGGAAGUUUACAGGAGCUGGGCUGCUAGGACCUCAGCAGACACUCCCCUCCUUUUCCAGAUGCAUGCCACCAUCAUGGUAGCCAUGUCAGACAGCGGACAAGAAGCCUAGGAGGAUUUGAGUCAGACCCAGGCUUCUGACUCAGUGAUUUGGGAGGGAUCACCGCCCCAUACCUCCUUGGACAGAGCAUAGUCCUUGUAGGACCCAAGGCCAGCAGCACCCUGGUUUCCUUCCCCUCUCCACUGCAUCUGCUUUUCUCUCCCCCACUCUCCAUGGAGACACCCCCCACAGCUGGGCCCUAUGGACUUGGGGCUCCCUUUUCCCUGUCAAGCACAAAAGAAGGUCUGGGAAACAUGGCUUCUACAGGACUUUAUAGUUGCAGGGGUCUUUCAAGAGACUCAGGUCUCAUCCAAGGUUAAACACAGAGUGAGAGAUUGGGAGCCCCAUCUUCUGCCUUCUGAGAUGACAUAAUCUGCACAGUCACAGGCCAUCUGGCCUGGGUGGUGGAAUGUAGCAAUCAAGGGGCUAAUUCCCAGGGAACCGGCACCAGUCUCCGUUCCAUCUGCCCUAAUGACUCUUGAUCUUCAGAGACUCUUGGGGUUCCAGGCUUUUCCCAUGUAACCAAUAGAUCCCACUUGUUACCCCUGGGGCACCCCAACCUUGAUUCACAACCCCUUUGAGUGUGAGCAGGAGUCCCCAGAGUUUAUGGAGGAUGGGCUGGGUUAGCCAUCUCCUAGUGCUACCCCCACCCCGACACUCCCACCCCCUGGUGCCCACAGCUCUUGUCUGGGUGCCCCAGCCCCUCCCACAGCGUUACUGCCUGUGUAUAGUAUAAAUAUAUAUAUUUUCUAUAUAUAAGAUGUAUAAUAUAAGGCUCCACAAUAUAUCUGUGAGUGUGUGUGUGUGCGUGUGUGCGGUGAAGGGCGGCCCCCAACUUGGGCCCUGCUCUAGACCCUCCCCCACCUGGUUAAGCCUCUCCAGAGUGGAUCCAGUGGCCCUGUGGCAUCCUCCUCUAUGACAUCCAUCCAUCCGUGGUGAACCAAGUGAAGGUGGUGACUUCUGGUGAUAUAGUAAUAAAGUGAAGACUUCCAACUCA